AUGCCGACUGAGAAAAAGAAUGCUAAAAGGAAAAAACGUACAGUAGCGGUGAAGAAGAAGAAAGACGAUGAACAAAUCGAGAGUGUGGAACAGAUAAGUGCACGAGGUCGGGUAGUUGAUGAGGAAGGAAGUGACAGGGAUGAAACGAACAGUACUACGGACAAGGAGAAUGAUGAGGGUAGGGAUGGGGACAGCAAUAGUGAUGGGGGUAGAGAUGAAGAUAGCGAUGAGGGUGAGAACGAGGAUAGCAACAGUGGCGAGAGUAAGAAUGGCAGAAGAGGCAUUAGAAAUGGAAACGCCGUGGGUAAAGGCAAAGAGAACACGAACAACAAAAAAAGCAUAAAUAAAAAGAAAAGCAUAAAUAAAAAAAAGAAGUGCAGGAAAAGAGCAACACACGGAUGA